AUGAUGAGCCCUUUGAUAAGAAUUGCGUUAGCAAUAAACUUAAUAUGUAACAACCAUACCGUAAAAAUCCUGAUGAAAUACUCAACUCACCUUCAUAUUUUUCUGAAGUGGAUAUUCAACAUCUUCUCUUACUACCUGUCCUAUCCCUUAUGCAAAUUCCAGUGUUUUCAUGGUGUGUCCAAAUACGUGAAUGAAUCUCAAGAAGAUGUAGAUUGUGCUGUCUGUCUCAGCAAGGUGAAAGAAAAGGAAGAGAUUAGUGAGUUGCAGUGUAAACAUGUGUUUCACAAAGAUUGUUUAGAAACUUGGAUUAGCUUCAAAUGCUACAAUACAACUUGUCCUAUCUGUAGAGUUUCAGUAGGUUUAGUAAGGGAAAUGGAUGAUCAAUGGUUUAAUGAGGAGGAUUUUCAGAUUUCGUGGCUGCGUUGA